AUGUCCGCGCCCACGAACAUUAUCCUUAAUGACCAAAUGGAGGAACAGAGCCCUCCCGUGCCUCCCCCUUCUGUCAGGGCUGUUCAGAGCGUCGGUUCGCUUUUGGUUGCAUUCUUCAUCUUGCAGGGUAUCGUCGACUAUUUCUUAUUACGAAUGUUGAUUGAGACGGCGCAGACCGUGAAGGGGCCGCUGGCGUGCGUGGCUGCGGUGGGGAAUGGGACUGCUACGUAA